AUGGACCAAUACUUUAAAAGUUAUGAAGAACUUGAUGUACACCAAUUAAUGUUAACUGACAAAGCUCGAACUCUUGCUUACAAGAAUGCUAUAAUGAAUUCUAAACAUCUUUUUGAGAACAAAAGUGUUAUGGACGUUGGCGCUGGAACAGGAAUAUUAUCGAUUUUCUGCACAAAAGCUGGCGCAAAAAAAGUUUAUGCAGUAGAAGCGAGUGAUUUAUCUAAACUUACAGAAAAAGUCGUAAUAGAGAACAAACUGAAUAGGAUAACAGUAAUCCACAGUAAAGUAGAGGACAUUGAUUCAAAUAAUUUAGAAAAAGUUGAUAUUAUAAUUUCAGAGUGGAUGGGAUUUUAUUUAGUCCACGAAGGAAUGUUAGAUUCUGUUCUCUUUGCAAGAGAUCAUUUUCUAAAAGAAAAUGGUUUGCUGUUUCCAUCUAUUGCUAAACUAUAUGCAUCGCCGUGUCAAUUGCCAUCCAUGUAUAACUUUUGGGCUGAUGUUUAUGGAGUCAGUAUGAAAUGUAUUGGAGAGGAAUACAGGAAAACCAAAUCAAUGAAGCCAGAAGUAUUGUAUGUAGAUGAAAAGGAUCUUUUAGCUGAAAGUAAACUAUUGGCAUGGCUGGACUUACAAUGCAUUGAUGUGCAAGAGUUAGAUCUUCUUGGAGGGGAGAAUUAUAUUUCUGUUUGUAACAAAGAUGGAAACUAUCAAGGAAUUUGCAUCUGGUUUGAUGUUGAGUUUCCAGAUGGUUCAGAAUUAUCCACAAGCCCAUUUAAUGAAGCUACACAUUGGAAACAAACUGCUAUCGUUUUACCUACAGAUAUGGAUGUAGUAAAAGGUGAACCCAUUGCAUUUAAAUUAGAACUGAAGAGAAAUCCGAUUAAAACCAGACAGUAUAACAUGGAAUUGGUAUUCCUGGAUGCAUCAGAAGUAGACCACGAGGUUCCUUGUCAUUGUCAUAUGACAAAGUGCAUUGUAAUGAGAACGUACAUAGACGAACUAGCAAAUGAUAAUUCUUAG